CCUGAUUAUUUACUCCUCCUACACUGUCUCGUCGUGCCACCACUCACCCGCAGCUCCUUUCACCGCCAGACCCGCCCACGAGGCCCACAUCACCCGCAAUGGCUGCCGCACCUCAGCAGUCCAUCUUCCCCGAUAGCUAUGUCGGUUUCGACAGCAUCACCAAGCAGAUCGAGAAGAAGUCGGUCAAGCGGGGGUUCCAGUUCAAUGUCAUCUGCGUUGGCCAGACUGGUCUUGGAAAGUCGACUCUCAUCAACACCAUCUUCGCGUCCCACUUGAUUGACAGCAAGGGCCGCCUCUACCCUGACGAGGAGCCCCGCACAACCACUACCAUUCACCCCGUCUCACACACCAUCGAGGAGAACGGCGUGCGUCUGCGCCUAAACAUCGUCGACACCCCCGGUUAUGGCGACCUGAUCAACAACGAGCGCUGCUGGGACCCCAUCGUCAAGUACAUCAAGGACCAGCACAGCGCCUACCUGCGCAAGGAGCUCACUGCCCAGCGUGAGAGGUACCUCCAGGACACACGCAUUCACUGCUGCUUGUUCUUCAUCCAGCCCUCCGGCCAUGCUCUCAAGCCCAUUGACAUCGUCGUGUUGAAGAAGCUUAGCGAGUUCGUCAACGUCGUGCCUGUCAUUGCCAAGGCGGACAGCCUGACCCUCGAGGAGCGUGCUGCGUUCAAGGAGAGGAUAAAGGCCGAGUUCCAGUUCCACAACCUGCGCAUGUACCCCUACGAGAACGAGGAGGACGACCAGGACGAGAUUGCCCACAAGAACCAGAUCAAGGACCUCAUCCCCUUCGCAGUUAUCGGUUCCGAGAAGACAGUUGUCGUCAACGGACAGAACGUCCGUGGCCGCCAGACCAAGUGGGGUGUCAUCAAUGUCGAAGACGAGAAUCACUGCGAGUUCGUCUACCUGCGUAACUUCCUUACCCGCACCCACCUCCAGGAUCUUAUCGAGACCACCGCCCAGAUCCACUACGAAUCCUUCCGCGCCAAGCAGCUGCUUGCCCUCAAGGAAAGCUCCGCUGUUGGCGGCCACUCCUCCCGCCCCAUCUCCCCAUCCGCCGACCGCGAGCUUAGCAGGAACAGUCAGCGCAUGACCAUGAACGGCUACUAGGAGUUGCCGAAUCACAACCGCGUUGACAGCCUUCCUGGGAUGAAGGGUGGUCCACCCCCGCCUCGCAUGGAACGGCCCGCGCCAAUCAUCGAUGUCUAGCGUGGAGUGGAAGACGCAGCGCAGAUGUGCAUGUUCAGGAGUUUUCGACAUGUUUUGAUACCAGUGCACGCUUAGCACCAAAACCCGGGGGAGCAGUGAGGGGCAUUAUGUUCACCAGACUUCACUUUUACCACUUUUCUCAAUAUUUUUUUUAGUUUCGAUGAGCUUCUUGGCCUUCUUGAUCUCUUAUGUCAUAGCACGGUGUAGUGGUUGGCUUGGGCCUGGGUUUAACUGGUUAACACCCUGGCUCCCUCGGGAUAGUGUAGAGAAGAAAGUAAUAUACCAAGAU